AUGAAGAAAGCUGUGCUUAACAACAUGUUCCGCACGGCAAGAACCGUUUGUUGUGAGAAACCUGAGAAGAGAAAGGAAUCGUUAACUUUGGCUCACGAAAUUGCUGUUUCGAAUGGUUAUGAAAUCCGAACGUCUGAAACGAGACGAUACCGAAAUGAACGAGCACGGCAAUUGGAAAACCUCACCACGGAUAAGAUACCUCUCUGCUUUCCUUACAUCUCCGAUGAAAUGAGCACUGCCAUUAGGCGGUGUCUGAGGAGAGCAGACUUGGACAGCUCCGUUUUGCCGAACUGUAUUAUUUGUCUGUACACACCGAACUGUAUUAUUUGUCGCACAGGUAGACCAGGAGACUGCUUGAAAUCUGGGGUAAUCUACCUGAUUUCUUGCACGAACUAUGGCGACGAGUAUGUCGGUGAGACGGCACGACCGCUGUAUGUCCGCAUCAAAGAGCAUGUGAACGGCAAGAAUAGGUUACGAGAAUGGACACCUUUAGGUGUUCAUAGAACACAAAAACACGACGGAGCCGAUUUUAAAAUUGGAGUGCAAAUCUUAGGGCACGAGUCAAAAACGUUGGCUCGAAAAUCGCUUGAGGGAUUUUGGAUCCAAGUCAAAAAUCCUAAAAUGAACCGCAAGGGCGCAAACGCGGGAGCUCGCGCCAUAUCUCGAAUGGUUCUUCCUAUCCGAAUGUGA